AGUGUCCGUGACUGUGCCGGUGCGCGCAGGCGCGGUGGGUCCGUGUCGGAGCCGGAGCAAUGGUGGGCGUCGUGUUGUGGAGCGGCCUCUGCUUGGCCUUGCUCCUCCGGGCAGCCCUGGGCGACCACAACUCAUCCGAGUACAGCCAUGGUGCCGCCGCCUCGGUGGUGGUGAGGAGCUGGGAGCCGGCUCGGUGGGGCGGCGAGGACGGGCCCAUCAGCCCGGGGCUGAGGGAAGUGCGGAGCGCAGCGGCCGCUAGCGCCAGCGGGGAGGUGUCCGACAGCGCCGCCGCCGGCUGGAUGAGCGGGGUGGCCGGCGACUGGGAGGUGUCCGACAGCGCCGCCGCCGGCUGGAUGAGCGGCAGCUUGGAGGUGCUGCAGGAGCAGGCGGUGAGCCAGAUAUGCCGGCAGUUGCUCAUCCACUUCGGGGACGCCUCGUCCGCCGUGGUCCGCUGCGCCGUGAAUAACGCCCGGCCGGUGCGGAUCUGCGAGAGGUGCAGCUCGCACUUCCAUCACUUCUGGGAUGCCUUCGCCAACCUCUCAAAAGAUGCGGGGAAUGAGAGUUGUUCAAGACAACUUUUGAGAUCGGAUCGUUUGCAGAUAGUGCUGAAGACACGUAACUUUCUGCAACAAAUGUGGACUGAUUCCCAGUGUGAUGCUUGCUUAAAUGAAAACAAAACAGCGCCAUCCAUUGAUACCAUCAUCUUUAACAAGAUGCUGAAUGAAUCUCUGAAUUGUUUUGAAUUUUAUUCUUCGAAACACGCAGUCCCCAGCAACUAUUCGGAUCUUUGCAUUAAAUGUAAAGGUUCUUACAUCAAUUUGACGGAAUGCUACAUUAGAUUGGAAAAGGAGAACAGACUGUGCAUAGACAUCAUUGAUGCAAUGAACCUGACCCGACAGCUGUGGAGCAUAACCUACAACUGCACGGUCCGCUGUAGCGACAUGAUCCCAGUCAUCGCCGUGUCAACAUUCCUGCUUUUCCUACCGGUUAUCUUCUAUCUCAGCAGCUUCCUUCACUCUGAGCAGAAGAAAUUGAAACUUAUAGAGCCCAAACGCCUGAAACAUUGCAACAGUAGCAGCAGCAGCUUCACACAUUGAAAAAAGACUUCCCCAAAAGUUGGCUGAAAUGUCAACAUUGCCCAGCAAUCUGGUUGUGCACAGAACGACGGCUGAGGAUUUGUAACAGCUGUAAGAAUUUGCACCUUUACACCCUCGUUUUAAUUAUUUUAUAAGUAUUUAAGAAAUAAUAUCUACUGGAAAUUUGCACUUUGGAAGUGUUCAGAUUACUCUUUGUGCUUCUACUUGUCGCUGUUUCACCAAAUAAGCUGUUACUGGUGGAAACAAGGUACUGGAGAUGCAACAUAAAGCGCCGGAAGAACUCAACAGGCCAGGCAACAUCUGGGGAGGGAAUGCGUAAAAAGGAACUGCAGAUGCUGGUUUAUACCGAAGACAAACACAAAGUGCUGGAGUCUUCUUGCGUAAGGCGUGCAC